AUGAUCUCGCCAAACGAACAACGCACGUCCUUUCCGACGCCUCGCCUCGUCCUAGAGCGACAAAGAGAGAUAUCGACCGUUUCCAUGGAAAGUUUGCCGCCAGAGAUGAUCGAAAUGAUCAUGGGCUACCUCCCUACCAAGUGCGAUCUGAGGAACUUUGCGGCAAGUUCGCCGUACUUUGCUGGCGUCCUCAAAGCCUACAAGGUCCCGAUCCUUAAAAGGAUCAUCAAGGACACUAUCCACCCGUCAAACAUGGGCAUCUGCCUGCUGACCAUGGGCAUUCUGCAAGUGACUCGCCAAAAAGAGGGAGUUUGGAAGUGCCUGUAUGCAAUUUCACGGCAGCCGUCGCUGGACACGAUCCGUGAUGCCGAGACUCUGGGCAACAUGCUCGAACUGGCCGUCCACAUUCAAUACCUGGUCAAGAUAUACGCCUACGCCAAGCAUCCAAGUACUUUCUGGAGACACGCUCUGCAAAGAUACUCGGAACGCUGGCCAGACGGCUAUAUUCCCCUGGACGCCGUGUCCAUCUGUCCGUGGACGAAGAAGAGGCUGCACGAGGUAGCGCAGCGCUUGUGUAAUAUCCGAGACGCAGCUUUUGACGAGUGUUCUGCUACAGAGCCCAGAUGUGAGCAUGACGAAGAGUCCAUGGUUCUGUUCCAGCGCGACAUGUUUGCUGCGGAGCUGAAGAUGCGGUGCGACAGGGUGUCUGAACUUGGGCAUCCCAUUCCCGCCUGGAUAUUUGCAGAGGCCCCCGGAGAAGGCGUGCAAAGCUUCCUCGAGCUCAUCUGGUGCUGCAGCGUCCACACCAUUGCCAAAUGCUGGAACCGCAAUGACGGCUUAGUGUGGACGGAAAUGAAUCGGUCAAGCUGGGCGCUGGGCAGGGCUCUCGGAAUCCGCUUCUACAUCAGCCUCGCCAUGCACAUGCCGAUCCGAGCGGGCCAGAACGAUAUUCGAGACAUGUGUGACGCAAUGCAGGCUUUCUUGACGUACUACCUGUAUCCCGACCUAUACACUGAGACGUAUCAGUGGUUCCUGGAGUUUCGAUCUUGUGCGUGGGAGGGCUUGUGGGAACACUCCAAGCAAUAUUUGCUGCUGAUGGACGAGGGAGGCGUGGGGGAACUGGGUAUAGGGACGGACCAUUUUUGA